AUGCAUCUUAUGUACACCCUCGACAAAGACGGCAAUCGCAUCUACACGCUGAAGAAAGUCACCGCCGAAGGGGCAAUUACAAAGUCUGCACACCCGGCGCGUUUCUCCCCCGACGAUAAAUACUCAAGACAUAGAGUUACCUUGAAGAAGCGAUAUGGAGUCCUGAUGACGCAGCAAGGCUCGUUCUCUCCCUCUUUCCCAAAUCGCUCGAAGGCAUGGAUCCUGACAAAGUGUAGAAUGCAAACCGUGGUGAACAUAACCUAUGGAAAAAGCGUUCGUAGUUACGUUUAA